AUGUGAGGAAUUCAUUUCCUGCAGCUCCGAGGAGCAGAUAUGGAGCUCUGAGUCUCUGAGACUCCCCCGAUAUCUCUCCCACAGAGACCCUCACCCACAGAGACCCUCACCCACAGGAGGGGUGAGAGGAGGGAGGAUAAUAGUGAUGGCAGAGCCUCUGUUGAGGAGAACGUUCUCCAGACUGAGAGGACGAGACAGGAGGGACAAGCUGAGCGCAGAACUCCCCCCAGCUUUGGACCCCAGCUCCACCACCCAUCACCACAUCACGGUUGCUAAGAUACAGUUAUGGGCGCGGCAGGGCUCUGUGGCUCCGACCCCCUCGCUGCAGAAAGGCUCCGCCCCCAGGACCUCUACAGGUGUGUCCCAGCAUGCACCUAGGUUGGGUCAGAGGCUCCAGGAUCAGAAGGAGUCCUGUGGGGGGGGUAUGUGUGGAGGCCCCGCCCCCUGCCUACCUGUCAGCCCCACCCCCCCAGCAGGGGGCUCCUCAGAGGGGCAGCGUUCCUACCUGCAGAGCCUGGAGCGCAGCAGCAGAGCCUGGGUUCUGUCCUCACAGGGGGGGGGCAACAUCUGGUACAACCCCAUCCCAGAGGAGGAGGGGGGAGCAGGACCCCCACCUGAGGGGGGGCGGGUGUGGAGGAGGAGGGAGGAGCUGAGGGGGGGCAGGCCUGCAGAGAGUCCAGCAGAGGGAGCUAACCCGAGCGUUAGCCAUCAGACUGAUGACAUCACAGAACACACAGACUCCGCCCCCUCAGACUCUAGCCCCGCCUCCACCAAGAAAGGGGGCGUGUCCAGUAGUGUGAUUGACAGGCUGCGGUCUCCAGGUACGGUGAGGAAACUCUCCAUGAAGAUGAGGACACUUCCGGAGCUUCGGCGCAAACUCAGCCUCCGCUCAACACGCGGCCGGGGGGGCCACAGCAGGGCUGGGGGCGACGAGUCGACCAGUAAGAACACAGCGUCGUCAACGUCCAAUCAGAACGUGAUCAGCAGAUAUCACCUGGACAGCUCCGCCCCACCAGCCCGACCCCUACGGAGGUCAUCGAGAGGACGCUCCGCUAAGGGAGGCUACCUUAGCGACGGGGACUCCCCUGAGCUGCUGCCACGGCAACAGGCCCCUCCCCUCGCCUCCCCCCAGGAAACAUGUGACGUCAGCUCGUUCCAGAUGUACUCGGGCAUCGAACCGCCGAGAAACAGCCAGCGGGUCACAGGCCUACUGACUGUCCACCUGCUGGGGCUGGAGGAGCUGAAGAGCAGCGGGUGUUCUGGCAGUAAGCAGGUGUUCCUGGCGAUCCAGGUGGACGGAGUCACCAGAGCCCGGACGUCCCAGCUGACCCUCAGAGGCUCCGCCCUCCCUCUGAACCACGCCUUCCACCUGCAGCUGGAGAGAGCCAGGCUGCUGCGCCUCCUGCUGCUGACUCCAGCUCCUCCUGCAGGAGGACAAUCAGACCCCCCCCCAAGGAACAGGGUCUGUGCUCUGGGGGGGGUCUGCAUCCCCCCGCUCUUUAAAGGGAGUCGCAGUCAGCAGCUGUGUGUGAGGCUGGAGCCCCGAGGACUUAUCUACCUGAAGCUGUCACUGCAGGAGAACUGGGACAACCAGGUAACAGCAGUACUACCAAUACUUCUACUACCAAUACUACUACUACCAAUACUUCUACU